AUGAUCAGGCCGAGAACAACUCCACAAAGGUCGUAUGACCCACUUAGCCCUCUUGCUGCAAUAAAAUGUCCUACGAGAAACAAUAAUGCCAUCAUCGGUUCAUCGCGCGUUGUGGAUUUGAAUGAAGAGCCACAAUUCACGGCCUUAUCUUAUGUUUGGGGUGACUAUUCCACACCAAAAGAUAGGAUCAUCUGUAACGAGCACACGCUAGAGGUCACGAGAAACUGCUGGUCAGCGCUGAACCAUAUCAAAAGAACACUUGGAAACAUCACCAUAUGGAUCGACGCUAUUUGCGUCAACCAGUACGACGAUAUAGAGAAAGAUCAACAGAUCCCUCUAAUGGGCUGGAUACAUUUCUCCGUCGCCGUAGAUGCUGUUUUUGUCUGGCUUGGUGAAGCCACCAAAGACACCGAUGACGCGAUGGACUAUCUAGGACAGGGAUGUCUUCCAUUCAAACUCCUAAUCACUAGAAGGGUAUCGAAGACGUUGCACAGGACGGUUGAGUCCGCAAUUUCAAGGUUUAAAAGAUAUCUUUGGGAUGCGUGGAUCACACAGUUGUGGACCUUGCGGGAAGCAUUACUGUCAGACAAGAUUUUCCUCAUGUGCGGAACGAAGAUCGUCCCCAUUCGGGCCGUGAUCUUUAGCUUAUAUUUCAUGAACACGUUCUGGACACAGACGCGGCUCAGAUUUCUAGAAGAAAUUCAGCAAUGGCAACGACUCGUUAUGCUCUGGGAGGGCGAUUUCGGUGGACUGGAGUUGCAUGGAUUACACACUCGCACUCUUAUGCAAAAACUAAAGGUGCAUAGGAGAUUUCUAAAAGAGGGCCAUAUUUUGUACAGCUUGACUCCUAUUCUAUCGACAAUUUCUCCCCUCCUGAUAUCUUACAAUGUUAUCCUGUUAGCAAAGGGGUUGCGCAAACCAAAGGGAUCUGGUCGAAUCUAUCUAUUCACCAAAUCCGAAUCUCUUAUUUUCGAGAUCAAUGAGAGGAAAUGCAAGUACGCCAAAGACAGAUACUACGCGGCACUUGACCUCAUUCAAGCCAGGCCUGAUGCACCCAAAUAUACAAAGACAAGCAGGAGCGUUGCUUAUCGAAUUCUCUUCAUCAAACUACUAAAACACACCCAAGAUCUCAACAUCCUGCUUUUCGCAUCCCACGCGAAAGUCUGUGGGACACCAUCCUGGGUAAUCAAUUGGAACUCGGCACGCUCUUCCUGGCUGUACACUAUGUUCUAUCAUGGUCAAGGCGUGAGGCAUAAGAAUCCCGUGCAUGCGCCCGGCCGUGGCGGAGUGGUGUGGAGGUACACAGGUGCUACCCCAGGUUCUCUGUUUCUCUGCCAAGUUCCGAUCGAGCCCUUUGACAUUCUUCGCGUCUAA